UUAUCUUCAAACAUCAACAUCAACAACACAAAACACUCCCACCACAUACCAAACUAAGCAAAAUGUCUUUCUCUAACGCAAACACUGGCGAUGCCCCUGCCGAUCCUUACAAGAAGGCCAACGCCGAGGAGGUUCCCCUCCAGACCAAGAUUGAGGAUCUCGUCCACUUCAUCACCAAGGAGAAGUUUGGCAUGAUGACCACCCGGGGCUCAGGCUCUGGUAACCUUGUAUCUCGCUGCAUGGCGCUGGCUGCCACAGAGACUGGAGGUAUCGACCUUCUCUUCCACACCAACACGGAGUCUGGCAAGACCGACGACCUCGAUGCUGACCCUCACGUCAACGUUUCUUUCAUCAACGCCUCCGGAGAGUGGGCUUCCAUUGCUGGCAAUGCUAGUAUUAGCACAGAUCGAAGUCUUGUUUCCAAGCACUACAGCCCUACACUCAAGGCUUGGCUUGGUGAUCUCGGUGACGGCGUCCAUGAUGGCUCCGAGAAUGAUCCUCGUAUCGGAAUCAUCCGCGUCAAGACAGUAUCGGUCACCUAUUCGCUCGUUUCCAAGAACCUGCUGAGCCGCGCUGCCGACAUUGCUUCCAGCGCCGUCACUGGCAAGCCUGCUUCGCCCAACACAUUGAGGGAGAUUUCGGAAGGGGAUGUGCGAUCUUGGCGCGCUUCGCGAGAGUAAUGUUCUGAAUAAUGCAAAUCUCGCUUGUACGAUAGGACUUU